AUGAUCGCCCUACAUGAUGUUGAUCUCCUCCCUUUGGAUCUUUCGCUAAAGUAUGAAUAUUCGGGCACUCUGCCGUAUCACGUGAUCCCCUCCUGGUUGCAUCCGAUUUAUCAUUACUACGCCAAAUACCUCGGAGGAAUUAUGCUGAUAUCUCGCGAAACAUUCACCCGGGUGAAUGGAUUUUCCAACCGCUUCUGGGGUUGGGGACGAGAGGAUGACGAGUUCGGACACCGUCUUAAGGACUGGCAAAUAAAGGUUUUAACGGAGAAGAAGGCAGUGCCGGCACAAGCCAAGUUUAAGCACAUCCACUCAAGGAUGAAUAAAAGGGAGGCUGUGCCCUUUUUCAACCCAGUAAGUAUGAAACUAUCAGCCCUGUUUUUUUACUUACAGAUCACACACAUACGGGAUCGUGUCACCGGAUUGCACUCAACUAAGUACAAUGUAACCUCGCGUAUAAAAGUAUCCGUGUCCGGUGUCGACGCAUGGUUCAUUAAUGUGAAGUUAUUUUGUGAUCCUUUAGAGACUCCCUACUGUAUAGAUACUUGA